UGAAGAAUAUGAGAACUAACCUUUGCCAGCGGUCUACCCGACUAUUUCUUUUAGUCUGGUGCCAGUGUGCUGAAAAACACGAGAAAAUUUUAGUCACGAAUUUCAUAUUUGCCAUCAAAGAUUUCCGGGUACCGUACCAGCUGAUAAGCACACAGCACACAGGAAACGACGUGAAAAGAAAGGAAUCCUGUCAUGCUUUUGCAUACAUAUAUUUCGAGAAACUUUUGAUUGCGUUCCUCAAGGUUUUGGUCGGAGAACAUAUUUAAUACGCUGAUGCUUUAAACUGCAAGUAUAAUGGGGAGCUUAAUUUCAAGAAUUUGGCGCAAGAAGUCAACCAUCGAACAGCUGGAGGCCAUCGAGAAAAAGAUGGAGGCCCUGCUGAGCCUGAAGCGGCGGGACACGCAGCGGGAGAAGCAAAUCAUGGGCUCCUUACUGCUCUACUCGGUCAUUGUCUACCUGCUGAUGGCGCUCUUCUUCUACUUCUACUAUGAGGCCAAGGACUGGAAGGGGCGGGCAACACAGAUCCUGCCAUUUCUUCUGUUCCCAGUCCUAAUCUUUGGCAUUAGGAAGUCGCUACAGUGGUACUUUGUCAAAAGAAUAGCAAGAAACCAAAUGGCCCUGGAGGACUUAAAAGCCGAAAAGAAGCAAAUAUUGGAAGAUGUGAAAGACAAGGAGAGUUACAAGAAAGCCAAGGAGAUCCUUGAUCGGUUUGAUCCCAGCUCCUCCCCGCCCCCUCCUCAGCCUGUGGUAGCAAUCGUCCCCAAACCAGGCCAGCCACCAGUGCCCAAACUUCGCCAAAGACCCAUGACAGCCCGAGGUGCCAGAACCCCCAACACACCCCCACAGAGACCCCAGCAGAGAGGCCCACCCACACUGGCACCAAAGCUGACACCACAACAGCAGUUGAUGAUGAGACCCCAAGCCCCACCACGUCCCAUCCUACCCAGGGAGAGGGGCACAGUGGACAAGCUGGUGGAUUUCCUGGUAGGAGACGGCCCGUCCAGUCGCUAUGCCUUGAUCUGUAGGCACUGCUAUUCACACAAUGGCAUGGCUUUACAGGAAGAAUUUGAAUAUCUUGCCUUCAAGUGUGCCUACUGUGGGGUGUUCAAUCCAUCCAAGAAAGUUCGGCCCCAGGCACCUCAGCUUCCUGUGGCUUCCCCAUCACAGAGACAAGGCUCGCCUAGCCGAGUUCCAACAGCAGAAAACACACCACGGCGCGGCAGUACCAGUGAAGGUGGCAGCCAAUCAGAUUCUGACGUUGCUUCAUCCUCCUCCAUCCCACCGUCCAACACCCCUCGACCAGACGUCCAGACGGAAGGCACAGCACAAGACGGCGGUAGCACCCAGGAUGAUGCAACCGCUCAGGAUAAUGCAAUUGGUGACACACCCUCUGAUACACCGUCCGCAGCACCCCCUGACACACAUGGUGGGGAAGCUGAGCCGUUGGAGGUGGAGGAAAUACAGGGCCAGAGUGCAAGCUGAUAGGCAGGUUGGAUGCAUACUCAUUACUUGAUAGUUGUACAUUUUUUUUUCCCAUAUGAGACUUCUUUAUUCAGAGAUCAGUAAGUUAUUACAUUAAGUGAUCUAGCAGUUUGACGAAUGUUCUAUCUUUUUUGGUUUUUUCUGAUUACCUAUUUGAUGUGGUAUGAGAUACUAUCAUAUUGUUUUCUGUGUGUAAAUAAACUUGCAGUGUUUCAAAAGCCAAACGUUUGUUUCUUGUCAAAAUUCGCUGAGCCAUCCAGCAUUAAAUGCAGUGUGUCAUAUUUUAUCCGUCAGGAGAAAAGGAUAGUUGACUCCUUAAAUUUCAGGAGGUUGUCGCUUGUUAUUAAAAUGAUCAAACUAAUUGGAUCACUGGAGAAGCGGGAUUAACUCCUGAUUUUCAAUAUCUAAAGCUAAUGUGGUGUAAUGGAUGAUGGAGAUGUAGGAAUGACGGAAUAGUAAGAGAAUGAAAUCCAUUCCUGGACAUCACUUGACACCCUGCAAAACCCUCUAGAGAGAUUGGUCUGAAAAAUUCCAAGUGUUGUCUAUGUCAAUCUUUCCAUAUUUUCCCUGCUAAAUUUGUGACCUUUUAGGCCACUCUAUCCGCCCCAAGCUGAAGUGCACCCCCAAUCGGCGAAAGAAAGACGUGGUUACAAGCAGGUUCUCGCAUGAGUUCUGU